GCCGGCGGCGGGGCAGGGGCUGCCGAUGGCGGGCGGUAUCUUCUCCCCGCUGGGGAGCUGCGCGGAGCUGGAGCAGGGCGCCUGGCACCCGCUGGUGUGCCUGCUGUGCCACGGCCCCUUCCAGCAGCCCUGCCUGCUCGACUGCUACCACGCCUUCUGCGCCAGCUGCCUGCGGGGCCGCGCCGCCUCCGGCCGCCUGCGCUGCCCCCUCUGCGGGCAUCCCUCGGUGGUGCGGGGCGGCACGGGGCUGCCACCCGUGGACCGCCUGCUUCAGUUCCUGGUGGACAGCUCGGCGGAGGGCUCGGAGGACGCGCAGUGCGCCAACUGCGACCGGCGGUGCGCCGAGGCGGACUUGGACACCAUGUGCUUCUGCAACACCUGCAGCCAGCCGCUGUGCGCCCCGUGCCGCGAGGAGACGCACCGCGCCAAAGUCUUCGCCCGCCAUGAGAUCGUGUCGCUCAGCAAGCGCACCAAAGCCAUCCACAAGAAGUGCCCACUGCACGAGGAGCCCUACAUCAUGUUCUCCACCGAGAAGAAGUCCAUGCUCUGCAUCAACUGCUUCAGGGACAUGCAGGGAGAGAGCCGCGCGCACUGCAUUGACAUCGAGACGGCGUACGUGCAGGGCUGCGAGAAGCUGGACCAAGCGGUGCUGGCAGUGAAGGAGCUGCAGACAUCCACACGGGAGGCCAUCGUCCUCCUCAAGGCCAUGAUCGAGGAGGUGCGCAACAGUGCCAGCGAGGAGGAGUCAGCCAUCAACGCCCUGUUCAGUGGCAUGCAGGAGCAGCUCUCUGACAGAAAGAAAGCACUCUUGAAAGCUGUGCAGAGCCAGCACGAGGAGAAAGAGAAGGCAUUCAAGGAGCAGCUGGCCCACCUUGCCUCCCUGCUGCCCACCCUGCAGGUCCACCUGGUGAUCUGCUCAGCCUUCCUGAGCUCCGCCAACAAAGCUGAGUUCCUCGACCUGGGCUACCAACUGAUGGAGCGGCUGCAGAGGAUCGUCAAGCUGCCGCACCGCCUGCGGCCAGCCCAGACCAGCAAGAUCAACACCGAGUACCGUGCAGAGUUUGCACGCUGCCUGGAGCCCCUGCUCGUGCUCACCCCUCGCCGCUCUGUGGUGGGCAGUGCUGGCGGCAUUGGGUCUGGCAUCACCGGUGCAAACAUGAUCCCCGGCGGCCAAUGCUCCAAGACACUGAUGGUGCCCGGCUGCCCCCCCGCUGGUGAUAAGAUGUCCAGCAGCUCCAUGGUGCGGAAGCCGACGCUGCACCGAUACAUCAGCACCAAAGUGCUGCUGGCCGAGGGCCGCGAGACACCGUUCGCUGAGCACUGCCGCAACUAUGAGAACACCUACAGGAUGCUCCAGGCAGAGAUCCAGGGCCUGAAGGACCAGGUGCAGGAGCUGCACCGUGACCUCACCAAGCACCACUCCCUCAUCCGCACGGAGAUCAUGAGCGAGAUCCUGCAGAAGUCGCUGCAGAUGGAUGUGCAGAUUGCAGCCCACUACUCCUCGGUGGAAAUGAUGCGCAGCGUGUUUGAGGAGGUCUGGGAGGAGACGUACCAGAGGGUGGCCAACGAGCAGGAGAUCUACGAAGCCCAGCUCCACGACCUGCUGCAGCUGCGGCAGGAGAACAGCUGCCUGACCACCAUCACCAAGCAGAUCGCGCCCUACGUCCGCUCCAUCGCCAAGGUGAAGGAGCGGCUGGAGCCCAGGUUGCAGGAGCCCCGGGAGCCCAAGGAUGAGCACACACAGAUGCUGCUCAGGGUUGAUGACAGCAGUGAGGCAGCACAAAGGGACAGCUCACCCGGCGGCACGGACAGCAGGGAGCGGGCGCUGGGCAGCCGAGGGGGCUGCACACCCGCUCUCAUCCCCGGGGACUCACCCCCAAAGAAGAAGGAGCACCGUGGCAGCGCACAGAGCAGCGGGACGCCGAGCGCAGAGCGGCAGGAACCCCCCGGCUCCAGCUGAGCUCCGGGAGCUGCGCUGCUCAGCAUCGGCUGUGAGCGACUGCGCUUUGCGGUCGUGGGAAUGGUCAGCUGUGUGAGAGCUGCCCUGCGGAGGCACAGACCUGUGUCCAGCACGCCUGGAUGCUGCCUGCUUUUGUCUGUUAGCGGGGGUUGCGCUUUUCCUCGUAGAAUGUUCAAACACGUGGCUCGUGCCAUCAGCAAGGAUGGAAAAACAGGCUGAACGUGGCUGAGUUUGGAGUGUAUUGCAUAGCAAACAUCCGGCUUAGGGUGACUGAAAGAAAAUUCCUUUGUAUUCCCCAUCCUGUGUGUGAAAAGUGAAAAUAAAAGUGCAUAAAUGGA